AUAAAUCCAUCAUUUCAGUAGUUUACCGCAAUUCAGAUUCAUUUGUAUAUUUAUUUUCCCUAAAAGAAUAACCAUUUAAUAAGAUCGAAAGUCAUACUCACUGUUCGAAACUAUUUGAUCUAAGGUCUUUCAUCCUAUCCUCAAAUUAUGAUGAUGUCCAUUGUGAAUGUAGCUUUCUAUCAACAUGGCCUUGGAGCAGAAAUAGCGCUAGGUUUAUUUGUUGUUUUAUGCCGAAGAAACUCGGGACAUGUCCAAAAGCAGUAGAGGCUCGAGAAAGGCGAGCUGAGAAAAAACGAGAAGAGCGUGCACAAGUAAUAAAAAAGGCCGAAGAUGAGUACUGGAAAGAUGAUGACAAACUUUUAAGUAGGAAGCAACAGAGAAAAGAAGAAAAAGAUUCAAAGCGUCAAGAACUAUUGGAAAAAAAGAAGGAGAAAGAAAGGUUAUAUAACGAGGAACUUGCAUCAAUCAAGUCGGCCAAAUCAACUGCAAAUAAAGAGCAGCCAUCAAAGCUGACACAAGCCCAAAUUGCUGCUGCUCGUGAGAAGUUGGAAAGUCAGCUGUCAGCUCUGAACAAAACUUCCCAGAAAGCUGAGCCUGAAGAACUCAUUGUGAAUCCUAACCGAAUUGAGACGGAGGGUUUGGAAGCACGAACUGUUGAGGAAGCUAUAUCUAUUCUGAGGGGAUCGUUCAUUUACAGGCUGAUCUUACACUUUCAUUGUAUCCAUGAGGUUCAGAUGCACUAAUGUGGAUCGUUUUUUAGUUGGAACCGGUGUCAAACUUUAUCUAGGGAUAUACUGCAUAGUUCUUUAUGUUAGGUAUUAUUAAUUGUACUCACAUAGUAAGUGUGGGUCACCAGCUGCUAAUUGAUGAAAAAUUUAUCUGAAAUCUUUAUUUAUGUGUAGUUCGCUUUUCACAGUUUACGAUUAUCACCUGGAGGAGUGGCUAAACGUUUAUUGGUUAACGCUGCAUUUUGUGCAGUUGUAGCUUUCAUUAUCUUCUUUCUAGAUUUGGUUAUCAUAGUCUACCAUAACCAGUCUCUCAGUCAUAAACUAAGGUAGCUGAAUUCCAAAGCUGUGUGACUAAAUCAUACAAAAUAGGGAUCACAAUCCGUUGUUUCGACUACCCACUCUUGAUGAUUGUUUUUAAUGUUUGUUUUCUACACUCCGUUUAUCGCUUAUAUUUAGGUGUGCAAUAUCACUUCACUCUUAUUUAAAUCUCAUUAUUCUGAAUUUGCAGUAGCUUGGUUCGCUCAGGUACUUCUUUUGUUUACAUUGUAACCAGACAUCCGACAAAGUCCUUGAAUGUGGUGCAGAAGCAUCGGGAGUUAUACUUGAUUAGAGCGUGACUGACUGAGUUUCAACUCUGCACAGAUGUGCAGCAGUUCAAGCUAAAACACUCAAUGUAGCAUAAAAAGGUAGAAAAAAAGAGGAAAAGUAGGGUAAACGUAAUCAUAAUCAGCAGAAAUGUAAUGGAGAAGGAUAGAAACAUAGAAAACCAUCGCGGUUUAGUGGAUGUGUGGAAUCACAUAGAGUAAAUGCGUCUCCGCCAUUGAUAACGAUUUUGAGCUAUAUCGUCAGCAGUCGCCAGCCGUUACUUCUUAGCAUCCUGAAGACCCGAAUCACACAGUCUACAACUCCCUACUUGGCUCAAACCAACUAUUAAAGACUUCAUGGACAGAUGACACUUUUAAGUAUAAACACCCCUAUUAAUCCUGCAUAGUCCUAUGUCAGCUAACAUUGCUUGUUGGGAAAGGCAAUGACUCGGGAUGCGCAACGUAUCCUAGUUAUCUCAAUCAUUGUAGCUUCACAACCUCGUCGACUGACUAAUCCUCAUUUCGUAACACUACGCCUAAUCUCAAUAAUACUUGUCCUGUUGUACGGCUUAACACGGGAGGUCUGUGGUCAAAGACAACCAGCCUUUUCUUAUCUUCCUUUUAGUGGCAAUGUUUCACAGACAUAAAUGAGG